AUGGCGCCACAGCUGGAGCCCUUUUUCAAGCAGGUCGAUGCCUCGUCGGAGACCUUCAUAGAUCGUCUGCGCAAGGCAGUUGCCAUUCCGUCGGUUUCGGCACAGGAUGAGAACCGAAAGGAUGUCUUCCGCAUGGCUCAAUUUUUGGCCGAUGAACUCGAAGCCCUCGGCGCUGAGGUGCAACAACGACCUCUGGGCAAGCAACCUGGCAAGGAGCACCUCGAUCUCCCGCCCGUCGUUGUUGCUCGCUACGGUAACGAUAAGAACAAGCGCACCAUUUUGGUCUACGGCCACUACGACGUGCAGCCCGCUCUGAAGGAGGACGGCUGGGCCACGGAGCCUUUUGAGCUGACCAUCGAUGAGAAGGAUCGGAUGUACGGCCGUGGUUCCACGGACGACAAGGGCCCCGUGCUCGGCUGGCUCAAUGUGAUCGAGGCCCACCGCAAGGCCGGCGUGGAGAUGCCCGUCAAUUUGCUCUGCUGCUUCGAGGGGAUGGAGGAGUAUGGCUCCGAAGGUCUGGAUGAUUUUAUCCAAGCCGAAGCCAAGAACUUCUUCAAGGAUGCGGAUGCGGUCUGCAUUUCUGAUAACUACUGGCUCGGCACGGAGAAGCCCUGCCUGACUUACGGUCUGCGUGGUUGCAACUACUACUCCGUGAGCAUCUCGGGUCCCGGCCAAGAUCUCCACAGUGGUGUCUUCGGUGGCUCUGCUCACGAACCCAUGACCGACCUGGUGAACGUUUUGUCGAAGCUGGUCGAUCCUCAGGGCAACAUCCUCAUCCCCGGAAUCAUGGAUCUAGUGGCGCCUCUGACCGAAGAGGAGAAGGCUCUGUAUCCCAACAUCAGCUAUACCAUGGAAAACCUUCACGAGUCGCUCGGCAGUAAAACCGGCAUUCACCCGACUAAGGAGCAAACCCUCAUGGCCCGCUGGAGGUACCCAUCCCUGUCGAUCCACGGUGUUGAGGGAGCAUACUCUGCCCCGGGAGCCAAGACCGUUAUCCCCGCCAAGGUGAUUGGCAAGUUCUCCAUCCGCACCGUACCCAACAUGGAGAGCCCGGAUGUAAACAAGCUGGUGUUCGACUACAUCAAGGCCGAGUUCGCCAAGUUGAACAGCAAGAACACUCUAGAUGUGUGGCUCCAGCACGACGGCAAGUGGUGGGUUGCCAGCCCCAAGCACUGGAACUUUACCGCCGCCAGCAAGGCCGUGGAGCAAGUCUUUGGUGUUGAGCCCGAUAUGACCCGUGAGGGUGGAAGUAUUCCGGUUACAUUGACUUUCGAGCAAGCCACCGGCAAGAACGUCCUGCUUCUUCCUAUGGGUAGCUCCACCGAUGCCGCCCACUCCAUCAACGAGAAGCUGGAUCGGAGAAACUACAUUGAGGGAACUAAAUUGCUGGGCGCAUAUCUGCACUACGUGGCAGAGGAGCCCACCUCUGCUUAA